AUGACGGCCAGACACGUCCUCCCUGGGAUUACCCAAGAUCUCCCAGACCGCCAGCCGCCUGGGCCUCCGCCGCCGCCGCCGCCGCCGGAGGGACGAAGAGCAGCGGCAGAGAGUAGAGAAGGCUUGUUCCACGAGCCUGGAGCGUUCACCACCUCGCCAGGGCCUGUCAGGACAGCGGAGCGAAGGCACAUCGGAACGCCCAGCUCCUCCCGGCGGGCGUGUUCUCGUCCUCAAGUAAGCGUUCCCUACGACCUCCUCCUCACGCGUCUUUGCGCCCUGGAAAUUCCUCAAGCCUCUUUGGACUUUUACUUUGCAUACUCUGUUGCCUCGCUCACAAAACAAGUCCAUUACCACCACCACACGCCACCAUCUGCGAUCACUGGCGCUCUGUGA